UAGAAAGAACAUCUGGCUCUAAUUAGAGCCUUCUCCUCCCUCCCUCCCCACUCACGUCAUCCCCCCCUCAUGGCUCUUUCUCACCGCUGUUGUCCUUACAGCAUCUCUGUCUGUCUCUCUAUCCAUUCUCGAACUCUCUUCCUCCCCACUCAUUCAUUCUCUCCGCCCAUCCCACGUUAGCAGCCUCUUCCUCCUCCCCCCCUUGUCUUUCACCUCUUGCCUCCUGCUACCAUCUCCCUUUUCUGCAACAGUCUGCUUUGCUUUGUGUGCACACGGCAUCAUGAUGCAUGUGGACUACAUCUGGGGUCUCGCCUUGCUCCUGUCUCUGAGUUUAGGAUGGACGACAGCUCAGCAGACGAAUUUCACCAGGCCUGUGUUCUACUGUGGAGGUGACCUGGUUGCAGACUCUGGGUUUGUUGGCAGUGAGGGGUUCCCAAGCUUCUACAAACCCAAUAGUAAAUGCACCUGGCGUAUCACUGUCCCUGAAGGGAACGUGGUCAUGCUCUCCUUCCGCAUUUUUGACCUGGAGGCUGACUCACAAUGUCGCUAUGACUAUCUGGAUGUUUACAAUGGCCAUUCCAACUUGGUGCAAAAACUGGGUCGCUUUUGUGGAACUUUCCGGCCCGGCGCUCUUAUUUCUACCACAAACACCAUGAUGUUAGAGAUGGUCUCUGAUGCAGAGACGCAGGGUAGAGGGUUUGUGGCCUAUUUCAGUGGAACCAAACCAUAUGUGGAUGACCAACAGUUCUGUGGGGGAAGGAUAACAAAAUCCCAGGGAGAGAUCAAGACGCCCAACUGGCCUGACAAGAAAUACCCACCAGGAACCAGCUGUUCCUGGCUUAUCUCUGUGGAGCCUGAUAUGGUUAUCCAGGUGAAGUUUGACAAGUUCGUCUUGGAGGCUGACACCUAUUGCCGGUUUGAUUACGUGGCAUUCUUUAAUGGUGGAGAGAGAGAUGAUUCACGCCUGAUUGGAAAAUACUGUGGUGAUCAGACCCCACAACCUAUUAUCACCACUGGCAACAAGCUACUGGUCCAGUUUGUGUCUGACCUCAGUGUGACGUCUGAUGGAUUCCUUGCCCACUACACCAGUGUCCCUCGUGGUACUCAGAUCACAACAGUGGACUCAGGAGCUGGCACAAGGUCCGUUCCCCCGAAACCUGCAGUUAGACCCAUUCCACGUGAACGUCCUGCCGCUACCAUCCAGCCGCCUGCCCCCACCCCCAAGUAUGUGCCACCUCCUCGCCCUGACCCCGCCGAGAGAACCAGACCGGUCAAGCCUACGAGAACUCGUGGACAGGGCGCCACAACCCAAGACAGGAGGCCGCCAGUCACAAAGCCGAAUGGAAAGAGGCCUGUCCCUCAGAAUCCGCUGUGUGCCAAAGCCUGUAAGAGAGACGGGACUAUCAAGACCAGUUUCUGUGCCAGUGAAUUCGUGCUAACUGGGAAGGUGACCUCUCUGACCCCCGGACCCCGUGGCACUCUUCAGGUUGGUGUCUCCCUCAUUAAGGCCUACAAGGCAGGUCGACUAACCAUCACACAAGUGGGAGAAACAAUGUCGGUUAAGCUGGUGUCACAGUGUAAGAAGUGUCCGGUGCUCCGAAGAGGUGUCAACUACAUCAUCAUGGGUCAAGUGGAUGAAGAAGGACGCGGUACCCUGGAACCUGGCUCAUUCACAGCUCCUUACAAAGCCCCACAUCACAAACUAUUAAUGAAUAUUAACAACCAACCUUGUUAACCUCACACAUCUGUCCAGGCCAGGAAAUGAAGACGACAUAUCAGACACACAAAUGCAGAAUUUUCAAUGUGAAGAACAGAUCUAUUAAAGGACAAUAUUGCAGUACAGCAUAACUUCAUUUUUAUCCAACAUUCUAAAGGUAUUCAAAUGCAUUGUUUUAUUCAAACAAGUGCCAAACCUUGUGUUUGUAAUUUAUGUAUGAAUAAAGGUUUUAUAUCUCUUUCA